CCCCACCAUUCCCUCUAGUUGUUAUUUGCUACAGAAUAGUCUUUGCUAAGUGGUUUUAAAACAAGGAUAGCAAACAUUAUGCCUCCAGAAGAACACCAGACCACCACACCAGCAAAAAGGGCCAUUAAAAAGAUACGAACAGCUAGCCUUGUCAUCAGCUUGGCACGGGGUUGGCAGCAAUGGGCUACAGACCACAACACUAAGCAAGCCCAGGAGCCCAGUGGAUGGCUGCCCAAUGAGGAGACACCACCAAACUUUUCUCCCCCCAAAGUCAGUACAUUUUCCAAGAAAGAUCAACCAAAAAAAGACACAUCAUUUCCAUCCAAACAAGAAAUACCAGAAGAGAAUGAAGGACAAAGUGCAAGUGAAUCUGAUGAAGCUCUUCAGAAGCUGAACAUUAGAAGCAAAGAAGUGACCAAAACCAUUGUGAGCAAAAUCUACGAAAGAGGAAGUGGUGUCAAUAUCCUCAGUGACAAGUAUGAAAAAGACAAUGGGUGCACGGAGACGGACAGCAGUAUCAAAGAACAUAAAGACAUUGAUAAACUCCUUAAUAGCAAAAUGUCCCCAACCAGAAGGAGAAAAUGCUCUAACCUGGUAUCUGAACUGACAAAGGGAUGGAAGCAAGUGGAACAGGAGGAUAAGGCCCCAGACCAAGAAAUGCAAAAGUAUCGCAGUGAAAGUUUGGAGACUGAGGACAGUGGCUAUGGAGGAGACAUGGAGGACAGACUUGAUACAGAAAACAGUCAUCAAGAAGAAUUUAGUCCUGUAAGGAUAAAGAGGUCCACAUCAUCACAGGCAAACAGAAACAUCAAGGCUUCUAAGAAAUAUAGCCCAGUACACAAUCUAAGGGGACGAUGGCAAGAUUGGGCUGAUGAGCAUAUGAUAAUGCAAAAACUCAAUCCUUUCAGCGAGGAGUUUGACUACGAGUUGUCCAUGUCCAAACGCCUGCGCAAAGGAGACAAAGGCUACGGUCGUCCUAAAGAGGGGACAAAAACCGCAGAAAGGGCAAAGAGAGCAGAGGACCAUAUUCAUCGGGAAAUGAAAGACAUGUGCUUCAUCAUCAGGACAAUGGCCCGCCACCGUCGUGAUGGCAAGAUCCAAGUCACUUUUGGAGAUCUUUUUGACAGAUAUGUCCGCAUUUCCGAUAAGGUUGUUGGAAUACUCAUGCGGGCCAGGAAACAUGGGAUGGUGGACUUUGAAGGAGAAAUGUUGUGGCAAGGCCGUGACGACCAUGUAGUCAUAACUUUGCUGGAAUAACACCAUGGGAUAAUCUAAAGAAUACAAGCAGUUACUUUUUUAGCUAUAGAAUGAGAACAUUGACUAUUAAAAGACUUUUUUUUUUACAAAGACUAACUGAGAUGUCAAUGCACUUCUACAUGUUAUUAUCAUGGUCUUAAAUUUCCCCAGACAGCAAUGUUUGGUUGGAGUAUUCAAAAUAGAUCUGUGUAGGGGAAUGAAAUGAGCAUAUAUUUGGAAUGCAAUGAAAUUACAAAUUCACUAGUCUGUUGAAGUGGUUUUUGUCUUAGUUGAAUACAGUGUAAGCUUAUGAAGUUUAAAUGAAAUAGCAGUGGCCAAUCCAUCUGCUAGCAAAAUAAGGAAAUGAUAUUCAUAAACUUCUUCGUUUUAAUAUCAGUGUAAAUAUGUUUGAACUGGAGGUUUUUCAUGUCUUCUUCAACAUUGCUGAGCACUGGAAAUCUCUCUAUGCUAUAUAGAAUAAAUUAUGCUGCAUUUUUAUAAUAUUACUUAUUAUUUAUUAAUUUAUAUCCUGCCUCUUUUCCAGUAUUGAGAUCCAGUUAAGUAAUGUAGUUGACGAAUGAAACUACACUGGGUAUUGACCACACAUAAAUAUACAUAUUGAAUAUUUAUGAUUUCAAAAUAUAAGUAUAAUUCAGAUUUUUGCAAUUAUUUAAAAUUAUGUAUUUAUGAACUUCCUUGCUUGAAACAUGUAUCGAAUUGCCUAAACAACUUCUGAUUCAAUGUUAAAAACUACUGUACCUACAUUAAUUUUAACAUGUUGCCUUUCAAAUUGAAAGAUUAAACAUCUUCUUAUAGAAGUAAAAAAAUACUAUUUUGUGUAAACAGAAAGAGCAUGCUAACUGGAGAAUUGCCAAGCUACAUUACUAUUCACAUACAAAAGGAUGUUUGCCUAUCUGCUUGGGAUAUAAUUAAUAUCUUUCAGUCUGGUAUAAUAAUAAUAUUAAUCUGAUAACUAUUACAAGAAGUGUUUUGCAGGCAUUGCAAAAUAUGGUUUGGCACAAACAUUUAGAAUAGUGAUAUAAAACUAUAAAUUUGUAAAUUAUUUAGCAUCUACAUUAGUAGAUCUAGAAUAAGACUUCAAUUAUUUAAACUGGGGCUCCUCAAACUUUUAAAGCAGAGGCUCCUGGUCCCUCAGAUUGUUGGGGGGCCAGACUAUAGAUUGAAAAAAAAAAUCAUGAGCGAAUUCCUAAGCACAUAUCUUAUUUGUAGUUAAAAAAAACCCAUGAAAGAAUUAUACAAUAUUUACAAUGAAGAACAAUUUUAACCAACAUAAAGUUACAAGUAUUUCAAUGGGAAGUGAAAACCUGCUUUUGCCUGAUGAGAUAAUCAAUCUAAUUAGGGUUGUUGUUGUUGCUGUUGCGUGCCUUCAAAUCGUUCCAUACUUAGGGCGACCCUAAGUCUAAAGUUUAGGGAGCUGGGUGGGAGGGCCACAUCCGGCAUGCAGACCUUAUUGUUGUCUCAGCAGGCUAUGCAAUGAGUUAACUUAUAUAUAGCAUAUUUUUCUAUAUAAAGAACAGACAAUGCAGUUGUCUUCAGAAGUUGAACUGUGUAGACAAAUGAAAGCAUAUGAGCAUCAUACACAUUGAGAGAGCAGCAGGAAAAAAAUGAAUGAAUCAAAAGUUUCAUGCCCCACAGGAGGAUAUUAUUAACAGCAAGGCUAGACAACUGUGCAGAGAGGAGGCAAUUUUCAGCCAAUUGGAACCCUUUGGGGACCAUAUCAAUUGAAAAGAAAAAUUAAAAUUGUCAAAUGAUUAGAAAUCAACAUUUUUUUAAAAAUCCUUUAGAGAUAGACAUCCACAGGAAUGACCUUGGAGGCCAAAAUUUGUCCUCCUUGGGUUGACAACACAUUUCAAUAUAAAAAGAGCCUGAAACAAAAUGUUGGAGAUUUGAAACAUUUCAUUAAUAAAAGAAUAGCUAUGUCUUCUAACCUGAUGCCCCAUUUCAUUCCCCUUGUCACCACGCUACGCCCCCCCCCCCCCAACACACCCAAGUUUAUAUGGUUCUUGUGGAGCUGUCUGAGUCCACAUCAAUUUUCUUCUUAAAAUAUUCUAUGCUGAAAAUUGGGUGCAUGCUCUAAACUGGCUGUCACUUGUUUAUGGAUAGUGGAAUUAUUUUUCGCUAUAUAAACAUUGAGAUUUGCAGAGUAAUCAUUAGUAACAGAAAAAAACCUCUACUUAGGAAACACUUGCAUAUCUAAAUAAAGGCCAAGUCAAGUUUAAUGUUACAUGUAUUUAGAUUUAUUUGCUAUAUAUGACUAUUACCGUAUAGUACUUAAAAUCCAUUACAGGAUUGUUUAUAUUUAGUCUUGACCCACAAAGACAAUAAUAGUGCUGUGGAAGACCAAAGGGGAGAAAAGCCAUGUUUAAUUUAUUUACAGUUCCUUUUGUUUGUAAACACUGAAUCUACAUAUACUGUACUAGAUUCUAACAGGAGUAGAGCUAUACAAUGAGACAGAAAACAAUGCUGUGUUUUAGCCAUAUUGAGCAUGAGCAUAUUAUAGAGAGAGAACAUCUUCUUUCCCAUUACACAGCAUUAAGCAUUCUUUUGGUAAGUGUUCAAACUUCUGAAACAACUUGGUAUUAGCAACAUACUAUACAAUUAUAGUUAGUUAUUUAAGCCAAGCCAUUUGGCUUUUUAUUCCAUUUCUAGAAUAAUUUUAAAGUGCUAGAAGCAACCCGUCAAUCAAGACUUUUUCCCUCCUAAAAUAACAAAAACUACUUUAAACAUUAAUUUACAAGGUAUAUAUACAAUGUUCAUCUGGAAAAGCUGAGAUUUCAGCACAAAUUCAUUCACUGUCACACUUAACAGCAUUUUUUAUUUUUUUGUUUUGCAUAAACAUAGAAUAUAAGCUUUGAAAUAAACUGUUGAAUGAUUAUUGCCACAAUGGCUUUUCAGUUUCCCUACAAAAGUGGACAAGAGCUACUGAUUUACUAUAUUAUAACCUGUCUUUUAUCUUUUUAAGGUUUUUUUUUGUCUUGAGGUCACAGAACAGUAAGUUUGCAUAUUACACAUCUACGAUGUCUAUCUAGAGAACAUUACCCCAUUGCAUCAGAGCUGGUGCUAACUGCAGUUUACAACAUAGAUCCACUCAAAAGAAGAGAAAACAUCACACCUAUUUUUUUUUCUUUUUUUGGACAGGAGCAAUUAUUGGAGAUGAUGUGAUACAAGGCUACAACAGAACUAUAAAACAGUAUAUAUAUCAGACAUCUUAUAUGCUAUUUGGAAAAAAUGAAUCUGUUUCAUAGUCUUGGUACAUAUAAUGCCCUGCUACAACUAUGAAUUACUCGUUGCAUUAUGCUCACUUUGUCCAAUGGUCUGAUGCUUUUUUUAUGUAUCUUGACCAGUCUUUGUCCCAAGCCUGCAGAUCAUUUAACAGCAUGUGCAAAAUACUUCAAUACAAUCAAUAGGGCAGCUAUGUUUCAACUGUAAAAUGCAACAGAUGUGAAUUCUCUACAUGAAGAAAGUGGCACUGCUGAAUGCAUAUGAAUUUUUCCUGUCUGGUAAGUGACACCAUUUGACUGCUAGAAACAAUAGUCCAGACUAAUCAGUGCCAACAAAUUCUGAAUCUCUCUCCCCCCACCCCCCGCCCCAU